AUCUCUAUUUUAUUGCUCCUGUUUUAGAAAAGAAAUGAAAAAAUCUAGAGAAAUGAAGAAGUCUUUUCGUAAAAGUGACACUGCUGACACUUUCAAGUCAAUAGAACUAAUAGCUGGAGAGACUGGGAGAGAAGGAGGAGGACGGAGUAAAUCAAAGAGAAAAACAAGAGACAAAAUAAGUGUUUUGAAAGAAUCUAAUAAAGAAAAUGAAGUAUUUGAGCCCUCGGCCGAUCGGAAAAACUUGAUAUCAUUAUUGACAAGAGGAAGACUAUCACAUAAAGUUGGUUUGUACAACAAGGCUAGGGUAUCGGAACCAGUCACACGAAAAGGAAACCAAUUAAAGCCAUUAUCAACUGCCGGUCAGGAUAAUGCCAAGGUUAUCCUCUCUCCUUCCUCUUAUCCAAGAGAAUCAGAGUCAUCAACACCAUCGCCCCCUUUAUCCCCCGAGCAGCAUGAACACAAUAUGGAGGUUAGUCCUGGGCUCACUUCCACAAAAAUGAAGGACGUGUCACUCCGUAUACUGGGAGGAUUGAAGGCCGACCGCCCGAUUGAUGAAAUGGAAUACGUAACAAGAGUUAAGCUAGAGCUAAGGAAAAUAAUGAAACAAAGUAAUGCUAGUAUGUAUGAUGAAAUGGAGCGUUACAUUAUGGGAGACUCAAGAUGUGAAUAUCCUUCUCCACAGUCGCCAAUCUCUCCUUCUCCUCCUCCUCUCCCUCCUCUACCUUGUCCUGUUAAGGUUGUGGUUAGUAGUCCUCCAAAGGAAGAGUCAAGAGAGAAAGAGAUGUCAUCAUCAGGAGGAGAAGAGUACUUGUCCUCAGCUGCUGGUCGAUAUGUCAGUAUAGAGUCUUGUAAUAAUCCACUGUUGGGCUCAACCAGUCCUAAUGUUAACAAUCCUUCCACGGCUAGUCUUCUAACUUUUCACACUGAUCCCUCUCAUCUGUCGCAUGGACACGCCCACUCCUCUUUUCUUCCUACGGACCCUUCCCACCUUACUUCUGAUCCUCUCUUGAGCGAACAUGCCCACUUUUACGAAAGGGGGGUCCCUCAAAGAACGACAGAUUUUUUAGACAUAGUCGAUGAUUGUAUGUGCGUACAAAUACAAGGGUCUGUCGAGAGACCACGCAUGUUCCCGCAUAAGUUAUACUGACAUAUACUGAUAUGUGCAAGGAUAUACUGAGUACUGCUAAUUGCAGGUUUUUAAUGUGCAAAUAUAUGACGUUAUCAAAUCAUAUCAUAUGUGUAUUAUAUUCAUUGUUUUAAUUAAUAUUAA